AUGACACCAGAACAGAGUGCCAGACUAGAAGCUAAUCGAAAGCGAGCUCUGGAAAGGCUGAAGCAAAGAGGGAUUUUGAAAGAUGAACAAAUACAUAAGCUUGAGAAGAGAAAUGCACUUGGGCAGCCAGUUGCCAGUGAAAAACUCCCCGAAAGCGCUUCAGAGUCGUCUACAAAAUCUAAGACAAUCGAUAUAACACAUGCUGAGAGUAAUCGAGAAAGCCCAAAGGUUUCAGGUACGGAGAUAGAUAAUGCUGCAAAUGGUUCACAAAAAAGAGAAGACUCUCAGAGACGGCCUCUUGAGACAAUACGACCCUCAAUAAGAACAAAGGAUUACAUUGAGUACGAUUUCUCUACAAUGAGGAAUCUUAACGGUGGAUACAUUAAUCCGGAAGAUAGAUCAUCUGGUUAUGAGAAUGGCGAGGAAGAAUUCAUGGGGUCUAAGAAACAGAAGACGUUAGAAGAUUGGAAAAGAGAGCAGAGGGAACGAAAAUAUGUAUACGAGAAUGCACCACCUCCCGAGCACAUAUCUGAAGCGCCGAAAUGUAUUGAGUGCAACAUAAAUAUUGAGAUGGAUCCCAUACUGCAUGAUAUCUUCAAAUUACAAGUUUGUAAAUCGUGCGCUAAGGAACAUCCAGAAAAAUACUCACUUCUGACAAAGACUGAAUGUAAAGAAGAUUAUUUUCUAACAGAUCCUGAGCUGGCUGACCCAGAAUUGUUUCAUAAGCUAGAAAAACCGAAUCCACAUUCAGGUACUUUUGCUAGAAUGCAGCUAUUUGUUAGGUGUGAAAUUGAAAAGUUUGCAUUUGAAAAAUGGGGUGGGGAGAAAGGCCUUGACGAAGAAUGGCAGAGACGUGAAUCUGGCAAGACUCAAAGACGUGAGAAAAAGUAUGAGAAGGAAAUGCUCAAGAUGAGAAUGAAAACAAGAGCUCAAGAGUAUACAACAAAACUAAAAGAAAGAAAACACGGAAAAACCCACAUCCAUAAUUUCAGUGCUCCUAUCGAGGGAGGAAAGAGCGAAAAUGGUUAUCCAGUGCUGAGAAGAAGAUGCAUAGAGUGUGGAUUAGAAACCGAGGAGAUUUCUAUUUAG